AAAGAACAGCAGCAUGCAUUUUUUUUUCCACCCCAGCAAAGUUUGAGUUGAGGUAUAAAAAGCAGGAGGGAAGCAUUUGCUCAUUGUAGAAACGUGUUUUUUUGACGUACUGCAGACAUGCUCAGGUUUCUGGUGUUGACAAGUCUCGCCGCCUUGGCUCUGGGUAACCUGGUGCCCCAGCCCAGGUACCUGGAAGACAGCUUGGGAAGGGUUGUGGGAGGCGAUGUGGCGAAACCCAACUCCUGGCCCUGGCAGAUCUCUCUUCAGUACAGAUCUGGCAGCAAUUACUACCACACAUGCGGAGGAACCCUGAUUGAGAAAGGCUGGGUGAUGACAGCUGCUCACUGUGUGGACAGCGGGAUGACUUAUCGCGUCGUUCUCGGUGAACAUGACCUCUACAGCAAUGCCGGCACAGAGCAGAUCAUCGCUGUCAAACAAGUUAUCAUCCAUGCUGGCUGGAACCGCUACAAUGUGGCUGAUGGGUACGACAUCGCCCUGCUGCGUUUGGCCUCUGACGCCAUUCUGAACUCCCAUGUCCAGCUGGGCUCUCUGCCUCGUUCUGGCCAGAUCCUGCCCCACAACAACCUCUGCUACAUCACCGGAUGGGGACUUACUUCCACUGGUGGCAGCCUGUCCAGCCAGCUGAAGGAGGCCUACCUUCCUCUGGUCGGCCACGAGGUCUGCUCCAGCAGCAGCUGGUGGGGCAGCACUGUCAAGGACACCAUGGUGUGUGGUGGCGGUGGUGCUGAGUCUGGGUGCAACGGCGACUCUGGCGGCCCUCUGAACUGCUUCGUUGACGGAAGAUACUACGUCCAUGGGAUCGCCAGCUUUGUGUCUGGUUAUGGAUGUAACUAUCCCCAGAAGCCCACCGUCUUCACCCGUGUCUCUGCCUACAUCGACUGGAUUAACUCUAACAUGAUGUAAAGAGAAGAUCACUGGACGUGGAGACCGGAUUUGACCGUGUUUUCAUCCACUGUACUUCCACUCUUCUAUGGUCUCAUUCUACCAAAAAUAAACUUAAUUGAACUUUGA